AUGGCUCGACUCUGUCGGCGUGCUCAUCAAGAGGCAAACACAGCAGCCACAGCCUACCGUCCUGUGCCACCCUCGAGAUCCCACUAUCCCAUCUUACCGAAGGCCUGGAAACUCUCCAGAAUUUCCCCGUCCGUCAUUGGUCGCUUUUUGGUAAUCGCUCUCAUGCUUGCUUGUUGCCGCUUUCUUCCAUUUCCGCCGAGCAACAUCAGACGGUUUGUAUCAAGUCUCGUAUGA